AUGGCCGGCGUCAUCCAGAGGUCCGUGCCUGCACCUGACUCCCAUCGAGGCUCCCCGCCGUCUGAGGCCGAGAAAGCGGUUUCAGCGCGCCCCAUCCGUGCCGCCCGCCGGCACCAGUCAAGGCCCCUUCUCUGGCUGCAGGCUCAAACCAUGGCCAAGCAGCGCUCUCGCAACUCGCUGAGAGGCCGCUACAGGCAGGACCAAGACGGGAACCGCAGCAACCGGCGGCUCAACGGCGACGAGCGGCACCCUGACAGCUCGAGCAAGCACCUCGGCGCUAGUGCCGUAGAGCGCGACUCGCAGCUCGAGACACCGCGGCCGGACUCGAGGAAGUCCCGCUCUCGCUCCAAGCUCCAACACGCCGACAGCGUGAACAGCGCGCAGCUCGACGGCUCCGCACGUCACCCUUCCUUCGUUGAGGAGCUGCCCGCGGGCGAGCGCCGGCUCGCGCCGCGGUCGUCCGGGCGGGUGGCCCGCUCCGCCCGGCGCUCCACGUCUCAGUCCGGCAACAUGCUCCCCUCCCCGACGAAGGACCCGCGCCCCACGCACGUCUCCGGCAAGGACAUCAUGCGCAACGCGACGACGCGGCACUCGUCCGGCGGCGGGCUCGCCGCGCACCGCUCCCAGCGACACACUGUCGAGCACGCUGGGACCCUGGGGCGGCGCCACCGGUCCAUCCGCGACCGCAGCUUGGUCGAGGAGCCCGAGGAGGCCGGCGCGGCGGAGAAGCAGCCGCAGCGGCGCUCUCCCCUGGACCCCACGCCGGGCCUGCUGCGCGAGGAGGCGGAAAACGCGGAGGUGGAUGGGAGGACGCGCGCGCGGCAGCCUUUGCGGAGUAUGCGGAGCAUGGACGCGGGCGGGGUGCGGCGCGCGGGGCCUGCGCGGGCGGGGUCGUCGCGGCGCCGCUGGCCGGGACACCCCCCGGAGGACAUGGAGGGGUCUCCGGCGCGGGAGCGGCAGCCGCGGCGGCAGCCGAGCGGGCGCGCGAGCCAGCAGAGCAGCACGCAGCCGGAGGCGGCCACGGUGCGCAUGUCGGUGGAUUCGCACCGCCUCGGAGAGGCCAGUGGCGGCGUCGACGCGGCGCAAGUGGAGGUCGGGGUCGCCGAGGGGCGGAAGCUCGAGACGGUCCGGAGCGACGUGUCGGAGGCGGACGCGCGCAGGCUCGCGCAGAUGGUCGUGGGGGGACUCUCGGGGACCCCCCCGCCCUCGCCUGUCAGCCCGGGGAUGUCGUUCCGCAAGCCCCGCGAGAUGACGUCGAUCAACGAGUAG